AUGGCGUCCUUGUAUUUUGAGAAUCAAGUGAGAAUUGAUGAGUUAAAGGUGGUGCGAGAAUUUCCUAAUGUGAUUCCUGAUGACAUUCUUGGUAUACCUCCAAAAAGAGAAGUUGAAUUUGCGAUUGAUCUUGUACCUGGUACCAUACCUGUUUAUAUGGUACCGUAUAGGAUGCCGGCAUCUGAUUUAUCUGAAUUGAAGAAGCAAUUAGAAGAAUUGCUUGAAAAAAAGUUUAUAAGACCAAGUGUAUCACCGCGGGGAGCGCCUGUAUUGCUUGUAAAGAAGAAAGAUGGAAUUAGUUUCCUUGGUCAUGUCAUUUCUGGUAGUGGCAUUGCCGUGGAUCCUUCAAAAGUUAAUGUUGUGUUACAAUGGGAGACUCCGAAGUCAGCUACUGAGAUUAGAAGCUUCUUGGGUUUAGCCGAUUACUAUAGACGGUUUAUCGAAGGAUUUUCUAAGUUAGCACUUUCGUUGAUGAGAUUGACUUGCAAAGGAAAGGCUUUUGUAUGGGAUGUUCAAUGUGGUGUGCUUAUUCAAAUCAGUAAAGUGGUUACUUAUGCAUCUAGGCAGUUGAGGAUCCAUGAAAAGAAUUAUCCUACGCAUGAUCUUGAGUUGGCUGCAGAUUAUGAUUUCUGUUUGAACUAUCAUCCCGGAAAAGCAAAUGUAGUGGCCGAUGCUUUGAGCCGAAAGACUUUGCAUAUGUCUGCUAUGAUGGUUAAAGAGUUGGAGUUGACCGAGCAGUUGCGAGACAUGAGUUUGGUUUGCAAAGUGACACCGCAUAGUGUUAUGUUGGGAAUGUUGAAGAUUAACAAUGACUUCCUUGACAAUAUUAGAGAGGCUCAGAAGCUAGAUGUUAAGUUGGUGGAUUUGAUGGUAGGAACCGAUCGACUUGAAAAUGGUGAUUUCAAGCUUAUGAAAUCGACACACUUUAUACCUAUUAACAUCACAUUUCCGAUUGCGAAGUUAGCGGAGAUAUAUGUCAGGGUGAUUGUGAAGUUUCAUGGUGUACCUUUGUGUAUUGUGUCAUAUAGAGACCCGAGGUUUACUUCCAAUUUCUGGAAAAGUUUGCAACAGAUAUCCAAUCGGAUUGGGAAGGUUGCUUACCGAGUGGCAUUACCGCCAAAUAUUGCUAAUUUGCAUGAUGUGUUUCAUAUGUCACAACUCCGGAAGUAUGUUUCAGAUCCGUCUCAUGUGAUUCAGGUGGACGAUGUGCAUGUGCGUGAUAACCUCACAGUAGAGACGAUGCAUGUGCGAAUUGUGAAUCGCGAUAUGAAGGUUCUAAGAGGCAAAGAAAUUGCAUUGGUGAAAGUUGUAUGGUUAGGAGCUGCUGCUGAAAGCUUGACCUAG